AUGAAGACGACGUGGAAAGACAUUGCGCCUGUGCCUACCAGCCAGGAAUUUCUGGACAUUGUCCUGAGUCGCACUCAGAGACAGUUGCCCACUCAAAUUCGUGCUGGAUUCAAGAUCAGUCGUAUUCGAGGUUUCUACACCCGUAAGGUCAAGUACACCCAGGAAACUUUCUGUGAGAAGUUCCAGGCGAUCCUUGAUGGAUUCCCUCGCCUGCAAGACAUUCACCCAUUCCACAAGGAUUUGAUGAACACGCUGUACGAUGCCGACCACUUCCGUAUUGCCCUUGGCCAGGUCUCCACUGCCAAGCACCUGAUUGAGAGUGUCUCCCGCGACUAUGUCCGUCUGAUCAAAUAUGCCCAAUCACUUUUCCAGUGCAAGCAGCUCAAACGUGCUGCGCUCGGUCGCAUGGCCACCAUUUGCCGCCGUCUGAAGGACCCCCUGGUCUACCUGGAGCAGGUCCGCCAGCACUUGGGUCGUCUCCCCUCCAUUGACCCCAAUACCCGUACUCUCCUCAUUUGCGGUUACCCCAAUGUCGGCAAGUCCAGCUUCCUGCGCAGCAUCACUCGUGCCGAUGUCGACGUUCAGCCAUAUGCCUUCACCACCAAGUCAUUGUUUGUCGGCCACUUCGACUACAAAUACCUGCGCUUCCAAGCCAUCGAUACCCCCGGUAUCCUGGACCACCCGCUCGAGGAGAUGAACACUAUUGAAAUGCAGUCAAUCACAGCCGUUGCUCAUUUGCGCUCUGCCAUUCUUUACUUUAUGGAUUUGUCCGAGCAGUGCGGAUACUCCGUCACCGACCAGAUCAAGCUUUUCCACAGUAUCAAGCCUCUGUUCGCCAACAAGAUCGUCUACAUCGUGGUGAACAAGAUUGAUGUUCGCCGCCCGGAGGAUUUGGAUCCCGAGCAGCAAGCCGAGCUCCAGGAGAUUCUCAAGUCUGGAGAUGUCGAGAUGCUCCAGGUUUCUUGCACCACCACCGAGGGUGUCACCGCCGUGAAGAACGCUGCAUGUGACAAGUUGCUUGCCGAGCGUGUGUCUCAGAAGCUGAAGUCGGGUUCCAACAGCGCCGGUACCCCCGGUGGCCGUCUCGGCGACGUUUUGGCUCGUAUUCACGUCGCUCAGCCCAUGGGAGGUGUUACGCGUGAGACUUUCAUCCCCGAGGCCGUCAAGAACCUCCAGAAGUACGACAAGAACGACCCGAACCGCCGGAAGCUCGAGCGCGAUCUGGAGGAGGAGAAUGGCGGUGCUGGUGUUUACAGCUUCGACAUGCAGCGUGACUACACCCUUGCCAACUCGGAGUGGAACCACGACAAGAUUCCCGAGGUGUGGAACGGCAAGAACAUCUAUGACUUUGUGGACCCCGACAUCGAGAAGAAGCUGGCUGCUCUCGAGGAAGAGGAGGAGAAGCUGGAAGCUGACGGCUACUACGAGUCUGACGAGAGCGUUGAAGAUGCCGAGGAUGCCGAUACCCGCAUGAAGGCGGACCUGAUCCGCGAGAAGCGCACUCUGAUGCGCAAUGACGCUAAGAUGCGCAAGUCGCUGAAGAAUCGCGCCCAGAUUCCUCGCUCUGCCAAGGCCAAGAAGCUCUCCGAGAUGGAGCGCGGCCUCGACUCCGCUGGCUACGACGUCGAUGCUGCUGGCUCUCGUGCUCGUUCCCAGAGCCAAGUCCGCGGUCGUCCUCUUACCCGCGGCGAGCCUGAGGAUGAUGCCAUGGAUCUGGAUGAUCCUCACAAGGCCCUGGCCCGUGCUAAGAGCCGUGCCCGUAGCCAGGCCGCGACUGACCGUCGUAAUGAUGGUGUGGUUGAUGAGACUGCUCGUACCAAGGCCGACCGCCUGCACAAGCUGGGUCAGAAGAAGAUGAACCGCAUGGCCCGACAGGGUGAGGCUGAUCGUCACACCACCGUCUCGCUGGCGAAGCACUUGGUCGCCGGCAAGCGUGGUAUCGGCAAGAACCAGCGUCGUUAA